AUGGAGCCAGGCGCGGGCAGACUCCAGCCACAGGCGGCUGGCGCAGCGCCACAGCAGCGACUCCUGCAGCGACUCCGGCCGCAGCGCCAGGAGCUCCGGCGCCAGCUCCAGCAGCAGCAGCAGCAGCCAGCGGAGGAAACCCAGGAUAGCCAGCAGACAGCGACCGGGCCAGCCACUGUCAUCGAUUUGGUGGCGCAGGACGAGCGGACCCGCGGGACGGCCGGUGACGCUGAUGGCAUCCAUGGUUCAGUGUCAGACGCAGCAGCAGCAUCAGCAGACGACAGCGACAGCGACAGCGACAGUGACGGCGACAGCGACGACGACGACUACGACUACGACUACGAAGAGGAAGAAGAAGAAGAAGAGCCAAUAAGGGCGGCAUCGGCAGCGACACCACGCUCGUUGCGGCAUAAGAAGACAGGGAGCAGCAGUUGUAACGUCAGAAGCACCCGCAGCCGGCCGCUGACCAUCCACACAUCAUACGCCUGGGAAGCAUUGGAUAUUCAGCAGCAGCGCAACGAACGGGUCGUCGUCAACAUGUCUCGCAACCGUCCGCGCGGGCCUGCGACGAGAGAGAACGGGCUGGCGGCCGACGAGGAGGUCGAGAUGUGGAAUAAGAUCUGUCAGGAUAUCCGAAAGGCCGCUGAGAAGAACGAGAAGCAGCGGGCGAUAGGCCUGCAGAUUGCCGCCCUCAACGAGAAGAUUGCAAGGAACGGCAACAACCAGCUGGACAGCCUUCACCGGCAGCAGCUGAAGCUGAGCGCAGAGGAGAGGGCCAUCCUGCAGGACGAGCCCGCGGACGUUACCAAGAACCUGGGCAUCCUGAUAGCCCUCCGCUCGGCGUCAGAGGCGGCGGACCCCCAGAGCCGGUCUCUCUCGCAGAACAAGUCUCGCAAGCGGAAGGGGGACGUCGACCUGGCGUCGACCGAUUCCCCGGCGCCAUCGUCUUCGGGCGUCUCGUCUGACAAGCUGAACCGGAUCAAGGGGGGUGCCCAACGCAGCACUAGCGUGUCUAGCAGCCACCGCGGUGACACUGCUUCACUCGACAACGGCGUGGAGGGAGGCCGUCCGUCAGAGAAGGCGGAUCAGCUUGUCAUCGGCGCGGAAGUUGUCUUCAAGCACAACAAGAAGCAGCAGGGCGUCGAGGGCGAGGGCAUCCAGUGCAUCAUCAAGAACAUCACCGGCGAAGGGAACAAACGACGGUAUGAUGUGCAAGACCCAGAACCGAUCGAGAACGGUGAGGAGGGAGCCAUCUAUAAGACCACCGCAGCCUCGCUGAUCCACAUCCCCAAGGCUGGCUCUCCGCUCCCCCAGUUCCAGAUCGGCAAACAGGUCCUGGCCAGGUAUCCAGACACCACAACCUUCUAUCGGGCCGAAGUCAUGGGCCUGAAGAAGGAGGUCUACCGCCUCAAGUUCGAGGGCGAGGAGGACGACAAGGAGAUGGAAGUCGACCGCCGCUACGUCCUGGACAUUCCCAGCAAGUGA